AUGGUCGAUGAAGAAGGUUCGAUUCUGGAUGACUCUCCGAUCGAGCAAGUUCGGUUGACAGUCCCACCAACAGAUGAUAAGACAUUGCAGGUCUUAACGUUCCGAACAUGGUUUAUCGGAAUCCCCAUUUGCAUCCUCGGCUCCGUAAUUGCAGCAUUAUCUUCUUACCGACAGCAAUUGUUCUAUUUAUCACAAGUCUGCAUCAACAUCAUCGUGCUCAUCGUUGGAAAACUAAUGGCUAAUAUGCUACCAAACAAAGUGGUACGGAUGCCAUACACAAACUGGGGUUUCUCGUUGAAUCCGGGACCCUUCAACUUGAAAGAACAUGUGGUGACCACCAUACUGGCCGGCACGGAAAGUGCUUCUGCCGGCUUCGAAAUAUUAUCCAUGUCCAAGAUCUUCUACCACAAGGAUAUCCCAUUACUGCCGGCCAUGCUGCUGGUGCUAUCGAUUCAGGUGAUUUCUGAUGAUUUUGUUAGUUGGUUAAUUCUGAUGAUUUCUGAUGAUUUUCUUAGUUAUAAAGAAAAGUUUCUCGGAUAUGAGUUUGCUGGCAUAUUCACGAAGUUGCUAGUGGACUCACCCUAUAUGUGGUGGCCUUCGACUCUAGUAGACGUCUCCUUCUACAGAACGUUACACGAGCCGGAGAAAAGAGUCAAGGGAAAAUUGUCACGAUAUCAGUUCUUUAUCAUAGUCAUCGUUGUAAUUUUUACCUACAGCAUUGUUCCUGUUUACCUUUUUCCUUCUAUCACGGCUCUAUCGUUUGUUUGUUGGAUAUGGAAAGACUCGAUAACUGCGCAGCAAAUUGGUUCUGGAUUUAAUGGAUUAGGCAUCGGGUCCUUUGCACUGGAUUGGAUAACCAUGUCAUCCUACGUGGGCAAUCCACUGCCACUUCCAGCAUUUGUGGUGAUCAACAUGAUGGCCGGAUUCAUUCUCAUUCUUUAUGUUCUGCUACCAUUAUCUUAUUGGAAUAAUGUUUACGAUGCCAAACGCUUUCCUAUUUUUACUUCAAGUAUUUUUGAUGUCCAUGGGCAAUUUUACAAUGUGUCGCGGGUUUUAGAUGAGGAGUCACUCACAUUCAACGAAGAAGCAUACAACAAUUAUUCGAAAUUAUACUUCAGUGCUUCCCUUAUGCUUAGUUAUGGUUUUAUCUUGGCUGCUUUUACGUCAAGCAUCUCUCAUGUUGCUCUCUUCUAUGGGAGGUAG